AUGGAGCUGUCCACGGUGCUAGUGCUGAUCGCAGCUGGGUGGGCCGUUUGUCUGGCUUCACCUAUCCCGGUCAAUCCGGACUCUGGCAGCGACACAAAACCUGACAACAGAACAGUAUUUGAACGUAUAGAAGCUCUAAAUAAGGAUAUCUCCACGCCACUACAAGACGGAGACAUUGCCUACCCUAUUGGGCGCAGUACCAUGAAAUGUAACAGCUGUUUGUGGGAUAUCUCACAGAACGGGAUGGUUUACGUCCCUUAUGUUAUUUCCUCUGCAUAUUCUAAUAUAGACAAAUGGCUGAUUACAGACGCCAUCAAGGAGUUUGAAACAAUGACCUGCGUGAAGUUUGUCAGCAGAACCUCAGAAGCCGACUAUCUCAGUAUAGAGUCUUUACCUGGGUGUUGGUCGUAUGUUUCCAAGAUUGGUGGCAAACAGGUUGUGACCCUGGAUAAGGCCGGGUGCAUGAACUACGGCGCCAUCCAGCAUGAACUGAUGCACACGCUGGGCUUCAUUCAUGAGCACUCCAGGAGCGACAGGAAUAACUACGUAGAUAUCUUGUGGCAAAACAUCCCUCCAGUAAAUCAGCCGAACUUUGCGAUUAGAGAUUCCAACAAUUUGGAUCUUCCCUAUGACUACGGCUCAAUAUUGCACUACCCAAGCACUGCUUUUUCCAACCCCCCGGGAAGAACGACAAUACUUCCAAAACCUGACCCCACAGUUCCUAUCGGACAGACGUCUGGAAUGAGCCACCUUGAUGUGAUGAAGAUUAACAAACUCUAUAAGUGCAAUCUUUGCCGGACAAAAUUAACAAAUUCCUCAGGAUCUUUCUCCACCGAUGGCCUUUCGUUCGGACAGGAUAGUAGCUGUCGUUGGCUGAUUGAAACUCCAAAUCAAAAGAUUUCUCUGCAGCUCGGUGGCAUCAACAUCCCUCUUUCUGUCGGCUGCACUGAAAGCUACAUUAAGGUAUAUGAUGGCCCAAUUACCUAUGGAGAGUCCUUCAUCAAGGAUAACGGGGUUGUGAUUUCUCCAUGGGUCAGAAACUUCUACCCCGACAAUGCGGAUGCUGUAUAUUCCAUCAUAGCCCCGCGGGGAUAUAAGGUGUCCCUGACCUUCUCUUAUUUCAAUAUGGAGGAUUCCGUAAAUUGUUCCAAAGACUACCUGAUUGUCACGGAUGGAGCCGCUACGAUUGCCCCAGCCCUGGGCAAAUUCUGUGGGUUUAAUUUACCUCCGGCUUUGGUGUCUUCUGGGAAUGUAAUGUUAUUGCAGUUUCACAGCGAUGACCAGAAUAACUCCUAUGGAUUCAUGGCGUCCUAUCGCUUUGUGGCUCCAUAA